CUACAAGGGAGGGAGGCUGGUGGUGGGAGACAGGGGUUCAGUUUGGCCUUCCUCGCCCGUGGAUUCUGCCGCCGGCUGGCGGGAAGCUCCCGGCCCAGCUCGGUGCCGCUGGCCGAGGGAGGCCCACUCGCCCUCGCCCUGGGGAUCCCGCAGCGCCCGCCACGAAGGGACGUCGCCAGCCAGCCAGCCUAGCUCGGCGGCGCUCUCCUGGGUUGCCCCACCCCGGCCGGCUGCGCAGGCGGACCCGGAGGAGGCGGAGGCAGCGCAGGCGAAGACUCAGGCGGCGGCUUCGGCUGGGAAGUCGCCCGGAGGAGGAGGACAGAAGGAGGCUUCGCCGCCGCGCCGCCGCCGCCGCCAUGGCGCUGGUCACCCUGCAGCGCUCGCCCACGCCGAGCGCCGCCUCCUCUUCGGCCAGCACCAGCGAGUUGGAGGUUGGCAGUGAUGAAGAACGCAAGCUGAACCUGAGCUUGAGUGAAAGUUUUUUUAUGGUGAAAGGUGCUGCGUUAUUCCUUCAGCAAGGAAACAGCCCACAAGGUCCACGGAGUCUGACUCACCUUCACAAACAUGCAGGUGAUUUGCCCCAACAUCUUCAGGUGAUGAUCAAUCUCCUUCGCUGUGAGGACAGGAUCAAAUUGGCUGUGCGUUUAGAAAGCGCCUGGACAGACCGAGUGAGGUACAUGGUGGUCGUCUAUAGCAGCGGGCGCCAAGAUACAGAAGAAAAUAUCCUUUUGGGAGUAGACUUUUUAAGCAAGGAAAGCAAAAGCUGCACCAUUGGAAUGGUCCUGCGCCUGUGGAGUGACACCAAGAUCCAUCUAGAUGGUGAUGGUGGGUUUAGCGUCAGCACCGCAGGGAAGAUGCAUAUCUUCAAGCCUGUUUCGGUCCAAGCAAUGUGGUCUGCCCUGCAGAUUCUCCACAAGGCUUGCGAAGUGGCCCGAAGGUACAAUUACUUCCCCGGUGGGAUGGCGCUCGUCUGGGCCACGUACUAUGAGAGCUGCAUCGCUUCCGACCAGAGCUGCAUCAACGAGUGGAACGCCAUGCAGGACUUGGAGUCUACGCGCCCUGACUCACCAGCUUUAUACGUGGACACACCAACUGAGAGGGAGCGGGCAGAACGGCACAUCAAGGCCAAACUCCGAAGUAUUAUGAUGAGCAAAGAUCUGGAGAACGUAACCUCGAAAGAAAUUCGGAACGAGCUGGAGAAGCACAUGAGCUGCAACUUGAAAGAGUUCAAAGAAUUCAUUGACAACGAGAUGCUGCUUAUCCUGGGACAGAUGGACAAACCCUCCCUCAUUUUCGACCAUCUGUACUUGGGUUCUGAGUGGAAUGCCUCCAAUCUGGAGGAGCUCCGGGGCUCUGGCGUUGACUACAUCUUAAACGUCACAAGGGAGAUCGAUAAUUUCUUCCCUGGCUUGUUUGCGUAUCACAACAUCAGAGUCUAUGACGAAGAAACGACAGACCUCCUUGCCCACUGGAACGAGGCCUACCAUUUUAUAAACAAAGCCAAGAAGAACCACUCCAAGUGCCUGGUCCACUGCAAAAUGGGCGUGAGCCGCUCUGCAUCAACAGUCAUUGCUUACGCCAUGAAGGAAUUCAGCUGGUCCUUGGAGAAAGCGUACAGUUAUGUGCAGCAGAAGCGCAGCAUUGCCAGGCCGAACUCUGGCUUCAUGAGGCAGCUCCUGGAAUACGAAGGCAUUUUGGAUGCCAGCAAGCAGCGUCAUAACAAGCUAUGGAAGCAGCAGCCUGAAGACAGCCUCCCCCAGAACUCGGACAGUUCCGGUGGGCCAAGCGACUACUUGCUUGACAGCCUUGAUGUUGACCUGGACCCUCCUUGCCAGUCCAGCUGCGCAGACCCCCGAGUAAGCCAGGAAGCUGUGGGCUUUCAUUAUUGCUUCAGACGACUCUCCGAUUCCUUGCCUGGGAACAGGGAAUCAUUUUUCCAGGUGGCGGACCGGGAGAGAGAUUUGCUUCUGGAGGAGGCCGAUUCGGCAAUAACAGGACUGCCUUUUCUGGAGUUCGUCGACAAGUCCGAAGUAGAAAAGCUGAAGGGCAAGGAGAAAGCAGAAGUCUCUGGCCUUGGUGAGAAAACCGCUAAGAGGAAUCCCGAGGUCAGUCUCCUGAAGGAUGGAGCUGUGCCCAGGCUUGCUGUCCCUGAAGAGCGAAGCCCCGGAGGGGAGGAGAAGCCCACGGAGAGGUGGAAACGGCGCUCGUCUGUGCAGGAGGAGGGCAGGUUGAACGCUGAGAACCUGAACAACAACAACAGCAAGAGGAGCUGCCCUGAGGAUUUUGAGCAUGACGCCAUCUUUGGGAUCCUCAACAAAGUGAAGCCUCCCUACAAGUCUUGUGCUGACUGUAUGUAUGCCACGGCUGACGCCUCGGCCGAAGCUUUUGGAGAUUCGCGUGAGAACCUACAUCCGGUCUCUCCGUGUCACAGCUCUGCAGUCUGCACACAGCCCUCGUUCCUUUCACACAGGACUCCUACGUUUUUGGAGCAGGCGUUCUGUGAGUCUUCCCCGAAAGAAAUUCGUAGAGCAAAAACAAACAGCUUGCCUUCGAUGCUGGUGGGGAGUGACUUGUCGGGUAUCGAUAAAUCUGCCGACGGUUGGCCCUGCAGCGCUCCUGAGAAGCCCACAGAUAUACCAAAGCUACCAGUUGGAGCCUUGCUUGGCUUGAGGAAUUCUCUCUGCGAGAGGAGCCCUGUCCUCAACGAUGGGCUGAAAGAGGACUGUUCACAAAAAAAAGACACUCGGCAGACCAAGGACCUGAAGUACUUGCUGUUCAGUAAGGAUUUAGAAAAACCAGCCACCAACAGCUACUUGAUGCAGCACCAGGAGUCCCUUCUGCAGCUUCAAAAAGCUGGCUUGGUUCGGAAGCACACGAAAGAGCUGGAGCGGCUCAAGGGCCUGCCACUCGAAACUCCCGUGCAAGCGAGGGAGUGUCCUGGGGCCCUGACAGACACAACCAUUCCGGAGGAACCCCAAGAGCUGGUGGCCCAACAAGAUCAACUGCCUCUUCCGGGACCGUCACCUUCCAGACCUGAAGACGUGGAAAAUUACGCUGAGAAGCUGCAGAAAACUCCUCUUGUUGGAAUGUCUCAGAAGACCUCCACGCCCAUCCUAUGCAGGAUGGACCACACAAGCAGCUUCACAAAAGACUUCCUCAAGACCAUCUGCUACACGCCGUCGUCAUCUAGGAGCUCCAACCUGACGCGGAGCUCUAGCAGUGACAGCAUCCACAGCGUGCGUGGGAAGCCCGGCCUGGUGAAGCAGCGGACCCAGGAAAUUGAAACCAGGCUACGCCUGGCCGGGUUGACCGUCUCGUCCCCUCUGAAGCGCUCAAACUCUCUUGCCAAGUUGGGGAGCCUCAACCUGUCCUCAGAGGACCUAACGAGUGAUGCAGACCUGUCUGCGUUGGCAGACUCGAGAGAGACCAAAUCGAGUGAGUCUUCAGUGGUGCGCUGCGACUUCCACCCCUCUCUGAAGGCCAAAGAACUGGGAUCGAGGCCACUGGCGAAAGCCAGUCUGGUGAAGCUGAAGGGCCUGCCAUGGAUGGGGGAAAGCUGACACACUUGUAAACUUUUUAAAAAAAACUUGUUACUUUUAUACUUGUCUGUACUAAAUGCAGUUUUAUCAUCUUGAAAAAGAAAGAGGACGUUCUCUUCCGCCCCCCGCCUUUCUCAUGUGGUGCCACAAGCAGAGGGGCGAAAAGGGGGAGACUCUUGACAGCAGUGAACAGCCCAAUAAAAGAAGGCCCCUGUAGCCUUCCAGCCCAGGAGGCAACGGCAUGUGCAGCAUGGCCUCUUCGUUCCUCUUACGCUGCCACUCUGCCACCCUUCUCCCUGCAUGCUGAGAAAAGCGACUCUUUCUCACAGGAAGUGCCGAGUUUUUCCUUGCAGCUCAAGUUGAGCACAGUUCUUAGUUCAAAGAGGCACUUGUAGAAAGAGCCUGAGAGAGCAACAUAAACAUGCUACCUCCGUACUUUUGUGUAUUUAUAGGUGGGGAUUUUUUUAAAAAAAUGCUCUGAAACAGAUUAUUCUCAUUUUAAACAGUUAUAGUUAAUUCAUGAUCCUAGUUACUGAGGUUCAGUUUCAUUGCUUCCAUCAAUGGUUUUUCUGUGCCAGAUUUACUCUUCUGGUUGAACUAGUGUCAAGUUGUUUCCUGUGAUGUGCAUUGAUCAUCUGACGUUCCGUGGCACCUUACACUGGGUUAUAAUGGAGAGAGAACUUAUCUAUCAUGUGGUUUUGCUGAUGCGGUCCAUAGCCAUUCCACCAAUACUGAUGGGAUGGCAACCAGGAGCCCCUGCUUGAAAUAUGCGGAGAUGAAUUCAGUGUCACAGACUUCUGAGUCUGAAGCUCAUCAUAAAGCCCUUGAGGUAGCACAGGGAUGGGGGACCUGUGGCCCUCCAGAUGUUGCACUGUUACUCCCACCAUCCUAACCACUGGCUGUUGCUGAAGGGAGUUGUAGUCCAACAACAUCUGGAGGGCCACUGGUUUCCCAAACCUCAAAUAACAUGUUGCUGAUCACACAAUAAAUAAUCGGAUGGCAUUGGAGAGAUUUGGGUUUGUUUUGGUUUUUUCCUGUUUACCUGCAUUUGAAAUUUAGGGGGAGUUGGUGCAGAAUUGGUUUUCCCCCAUCCGUUUUAGUUUUCUUGUUAAAAAUAAAUGGUGUGCUUUCUUCAACUUGCCUCGGUAAGAAGCAAGCUGUGGGCUUCCUCAGGAACAGAAAGUGGCCUCUGCCAAGCUCCAGAGCUGUUUGUGGGUCUAUGCUUCGUGCAGCACCAUCCACGUGUCGUCAGUGGUAGUUUUUCCAUUUGUUUCAUUACUUAGGUGCCAUGUUGGGGUGAGGAACAAGGGGAGACUUCUUGGCUCUUUAACUGGGCACGCGUCUUGCUGGCUGUGCAAUGGGUCAAAAGUUGUUUUCAUCAUUUGUCUGUUCUUGCUGCUGGUCCUGCUGAGAGAGGCUGGGAUCUCUUUGGGGCUUAAAGGCCGAAUGUUUCUGAACACUGCAAGGGGAGCCAUGCAACAAGUGCGGUGGUGUGGACUCUCCUCCAUAGUUGUCAAUGUAAUCUGAAAGCCCAGGAAAGAAGAUUGUACUUGGAACACACCUGUUCCCACACUGAGGUCCCCCAGCUGGAAUGGGGUGCCAAGAGGACAGAAGUGUAGCCCUUCCUAUGGAAAUUCUCAGGUGGACCCUUUCCUGGUAAGCAACACAUCACACACAGUGUUCUGGUCACAGGUCAGACGUGAGUGUUGAGGGGGUCUCGGAGAACUUCCAGCAUCCGUUCCAAGGCCUCGCACAAAUACAAGUUUAGGGCAAACAGAAUAUUCUGUGGCCCAGCCCAGUAGCCAAUCCAGGGGCCAAGGGGCAAUUGUCUCAUGUCUGGAUUGGUGGGCAGAUGCUACUGAUGAACACAGCAUCAGGCUUGCAAUCUGCUGCUUUUCACAUCUCAUUUGAACUGGUAGAUGUUUAGGACAGCCAGUGGGGUCAGAGAAGGGGUCGCGGGACCACUGCCUGGGGCCCUUGUGACAACUACAAACAGUUCUGGAAACCAGUAUUCCGCCUCUUCUCUUUUGAAGUUGGACACAGAGUUUCCAUUUGCACUGGCAGUGUCGCCUGGUCAGGUCAGUGGAACGUCGGGUCCUUUCUUCCUUUGCCUUUUGACAUGGUACAAAUUUCCAUUGCUGGCUCAGAAGCACCUCAGAGAAAGCGUUUCUGCUUUGGGUUGAGACAGUUCCCUUAUCAGCAGCGCCCUUGAGAGUAAGAUGUUGGGCUCAAAUUUCUGUACUCCUUUGCCUGUUGGGUGAGUAAAGUGUGAAGGCCGAACUGACAAGUCAGGCAAGAUGCCAGCUGUUAGAGCCCUUUCCCCAAGGGCUGUAGGCCAAAAAUCUGGUUCUUUGCUUGGAAGUAGAAGCUUUGGAGAGACAAAGAGGUUUUGUUGUACUCUGAUAACAGUAGUUGAACAUGGCUUUUGCUAUCCCAGAUUUGGAUAGUGCACAUCUGUGGCUAUCUAAUGUCAAAUAUUAAAUGUGAAAUAUUCACUCCUACAGUGUCAGCCAUGUUCCUCUGGACCCCUUUGGUCAGUGCUUUGGGAAGAAAGUCACAGUACUGUAUUUGAAGCCAAAUUUGAGUCAUCUGUACUGCACUGAUUUUGAUGUCAUGAUGGAAGUUUAAACUCUGAAGUGCUUAAAGUAUAAUCUGUGCUUGUCUUCAUUGCCUUUGGGAAUUUCAUGUACCUAAGUAGUUGUUUUCAGAAAAUAUUUUUAUGUUGUCAGGAAAUGGGCUAUUUUGGGGUAGCCAAUGUGGUGCCUUCCAGGAUGUUGGAUUCCAAUUCCAAUUCCUGACCGUUGGCCAUACUGAUUGGGGCCGAUAGGAACUGUACUCCAACAGCAUAUGGAGGGCACUAUGUUGGCUACCCCCAGGCAUUUUAUCUCUGAAAGAUUUUUUUAAAAAAAAUAAAUAAAUAAUGGAGCAAAGACUUCUCUUCAUCACUAUAGGAAAAUAUAGAACCCCUUGCCUCAUCAAUAAAUUCUGGAUCAGUUUCAGAAUGUUUAUCUGAGCUGUGCUCAGCAUAUUUCAUUUGCAAUUCACAAAUCCUCAAAAACCUGUGAGUGGUGGGGGUUUUUUUCCAUGGAAGAAGGGUCUUUGUUUCUGGUGUGUCUGGUGACUACCACAUUCAUUGCAGAGUAAACCUGUUGAUGACCAUCCCUCCUGUUACCUCUGGCUUCAUUAAUCUGAGGACUGUUGAUUUGCGCAACACUGUUUCAUGCCUACCAUGUUAAAGUACUGUAGAGAAUAUUUUUCAGGGGUCAAGACUCCUGAAAAAGUGUGUAUUGUUAAAUGCAUUUAGUUUUUAGUGUUUCUGUCUUAUUUGCCCCCCUCCUCCCUCUCCCCCACCCCCGCUGAAAGCCAACAUAAAUAUUUGAUUGUCACACAUGGUUUCUGCAGAAGCUGUCACCUGGGGGAUCUCUCAGUUUUGCCUUCUGGCUUUCCCAUCCAGUAUACCGUGUGAGAGGUGAUAUAAAAAGGUGAUAUAAAAAGGUGGUUGUAGCCCUACUUCUCUCUUCCACCUCCCCCCCCUUUUCCCCAUGCCCACCCUGACUUCCAGCUCUGCCACCCUGUGUCUCUACAGCCCCAAUCAGCUUGGAGUAGAGAGAGCAACAGAGGGAGGGGGGCAGGGAGUCAACUAGCCCCUCUCUCCUGUGCUCUGUCCUCCGUUGGCCCACUGGCCAUUUAUUUCUUUUGAGGCAUUGCUGUGCCACUUUUGAACCAUGUUUCCACAUCGCUACAGACCACUGCAACCUCUCUCAGCUACUGAGCAAGAAGGCGUUCCGCUUCCGCCACCAAGUUUCCUGGUCAUUGCUAGGGUGGAUGGGUGAAUGUUGAUUUGACAGGCUGCUGGUUGAGCAGUGGUUUCCCUUACAAAUGUGGCCAUUUUAUUGUUCAACUGGCUCCCUCCUUCCCUCCCUGUGCACAUAUUACAUUUUUGGAGAUACUUGUCUACUGACUGUACUCCUGCAUAGCGCAUCAGGAGCCAUAGUUUAAUUGUAAUGUUUACUUGCAAUAUACGGAAUGAAAACUUGCAGCAAUAUACGUUCCCUAGAGCAUUUAAAGUCUGCCUAAUGCAUUUCCCUGGGGAAGAAGAGUACAGCACAGUUUGGGCACAAAAAAACCUUUAAACCAAACAUAAAGAAGUUGUAGUGAAGAGUUCUGUUUUCUCCUUUCUCUAGUGUUAUCCUUGAACUUCUGACAGACUUGACUGAUACAAGGGCCACUCCUGUGGUCUUUUUUAAAAUCCCCUCGCAAUGGCUCCUUCUAAGGAGUUAAUUUUUUAAGAACUGAUUUUUGUGGGGUAAAUUGUUUCAGGAGGAAAGACUGCUAUAUUUGAUUUUCCCUCCCUGUUCAAUCAGAGGCCCAACCUUGCUUAUUGUAUCUCAGGUCUCCAUUGUCGUUUUUUUUUUAAA